GGCUGCUGCCACAAUCGCCAAAUCAACCUAUCAACGAACAGGAGCGCCUGUCAAAUUAAUAAAAUAGUAGAAAGAGAUUGAUACUACAGAAGUGUGAAGUCUAACCUGCUUUAUUUAUUGGAUUGUGUUACUAUGUUUUAGAUGUAUUCCCUAUAAUCCAGGUAAUGUUCCAAUUUUAACCAGAACUUACAUGGUUAGUACAUAAAAAAUUAUGGCGCCUUCUAACCGACAACGAAAUCAUACUAGUUCUCCUAAUCCUAAAAAGGACAAUACCAAAAAGAAUCCUCGUAAAUCAUCAGGAAAUAUAAGGAAAGAAGAAAUAAUCACCAACCAAGAAUUCAUUGAUCAAGUCGGGCUUUUCUAUCCUAGUAACGAUACAGCCUUCAAAGCACUUUUAUCAGCUCGAUUUUGUGCUGCUGUCUGGAGUCAUAUUUCUGAUUGUGAUGAAACUUACAAUUAUUGGGAACCUAGCCACUACUUACUGUUUGGAAAAGGAAUGCAGACAUGGGAAUACAGUCCAGAGUUUGCUCUUCGAUCUUAUACUUACCUGAUGAUCCAUGUGGUACCUGCCUGGUUAUACCACGUUCUCUUGCAGCCCAACAAGAUGUUAAUGUUUUAUUUUUCCCGCUGUCUCCUCGGCUUAUGUUGUGCACUAUGUGAAGUUUAUUUCUACAAGAGCGUGUGUCGAGAGUUUGGCAUUCAUGUGGCCCGAGUAGUGUUGGUAGCUCUACUCUUUAAUGCUGGAAUGUUUAUUUCUAGCACAGCUUUCCUUCCAUCCAGUUUCUCCAUGUACAUGACUUUGCUAUCCUUGGGUGCUUGGUACCAACGAAAGUAUGAGUUGGCUGUUUUUGCUACUGCUCUCUCUGCGUUUCUCAGUUGGCCAUUUGCGGUUCUCAUUGGUGUUCCCAUAGCAGUAGACCUACUGUUUCGAAGGAAAGAUUGGUGGUUGUUUAUUCAGUGGAGCUUGAUAGCUUGUGUCGCCAUCCUACUGCCCAUGGCUCGCAUUGACUCGCUAUACUAUGGCCGAUUGGUGGUUGCUCCUCUCAACAUUGUCAUGUACAAUGUAUUUACUUCACACGGACCUGACCUAUACGGCACAGAGCCGUGGUACUUCUACUUCAUCAAUGGUUUCCUCAACUUCAACAUCAUCUUCAUAGCUGCAUUGUUCACACCAUUAGCUUUGGUGGCAGUAAAAUUGCUGGUGCCUGUGAAACUUCAUACAGCCCAGUUUCUACCUUAUUGGCUGUCACUGGCUCCUCUCUAUCUUUGGCUCUUGGUCUUCUGUUUGCAACCCCACAAGGAGGAGAGGUUCCUGUUUCCAGUGUACCCACUGAUCUGUCUCUGUGGUGGUGUUACCAUUGACUGCGUACAGAAGCUGUGGUUCCGACUAGUGGUCAAGUCUGGUAUCCAUUACCUCAACCACACCAUGUUCCUGCUGCUCCCUGCUCUUGCCAUCACCUCCCUUCUCGGUCUCUCCAGAACUCUGGCUCUUUACAAAGGGUAUUCAGCUCCUAUGGAUGUGUUCAUUGAACUAAACAAAUUGACUGCGGAGGGAGGUUUGUCUCCAGAGCAAAAUAUUAACAUCUGCAUGGGCAAGGAGUGGUACAGAUAUCCAUCCUCAUUCUUUCUUCCAUCUGACAACUGGCAGUUGAGAUUCCUGCAGUCAGAGUUCCGAGGCCAGUUGCCACAAAGUUUUAGUCAAGAAGAGAAUGGGACCAUGUUGGUUCCAGAAAACAUGAAUGAUGCCAAUAAAGAGGAGCCUUCAAGAUAUGUAGAUGUGUCUAGUUGCCAUUUUAUCGUAGACUUGGACACAGGUACAGAAACGGAAAGAGAACCUAACUACUCCCAACAGACUGAAAAGUGGGCGAUUGUCAAGUCUGUACCAUUCCUUGAUGCAGCAAGAUCUCACAAGUUUUUUAGAGCAUUCUACAUCCCAGUUCUGUGGGAAAGACACUGUCAGUUCUCCAACUACAAUUUGUUGAAGGCAAAAAAGCAUACAAGACAUAAUCAUAAUAAGCCUUUGUGAAAUUGAAAGACAACUGCUAUUGAUGGGCAAACUUUGAAAACGGUGGUUAUCGGGUAGAAAGAAGCUGAUGCCUUUGAUGAAUUCAAACAGUGCUUUAACUGUCAAAAGUUGUUAUAGGCAAGGCAGGGAUCAUUUAGUUGUUUAGUAUUCUUGAAGUUGGUUGACAAAAUAGCUACUAUCUGAUAAGAUAUUAUGUAAAAAGACUGAACUGUUACCGAUUUAAGUAUGGAAUAGUGUUAUUAUUUGUGAAUAUUGACCAAACUAAGCAAGAAUUUUUAGUGGUAAGUGUUUGGCAAAAUAAGUAGGUAUGAAUUUAGUAUAACUAUAAUUUGUACGAGAAUCAUAUUGUUUGUUAUGUUAUGGAAAAGAGUCACCUCUGUUUUUCAAGUACACCAAUCAUCAUAGGAUAUUAUGAGUUUAUAUUUAAUAAAACCAAAAACAAGAUAUUAAUUUUGAAGUCAAAAUGUAUAAAAGUAUAAUCAUGUGUGAUUAAAAAAAUAUUUUAAAUAGACAAACCGUAGUAAAUAUAAUUUAAGAAAAGAAUCUCUGAUAUAUUGGUAAAUUGAAUUCUUUGCCAAUUUAAGUUGAACUUAAGAGUAAUAAAUACUUGUUAUUGUAAGUUUAAGAUUUAUGUGUGAAAAUCAAAAGAAAAUUAGGAAACUUUUAUGGCAAAUUGACUGUCAAUUACAAGCAUGAAAUCAUGAGGGAAAAUUCAUAUCCGACUACUUGCAUACUCUUGGCAAUAAUGUUCUACUUCUGAAUAGCUUUCAAUAUGACAUACUAAUGAAAGGAAUGUAAACUUCUAUACAUGUAAUUAUCUUCUCUCUAGGUAUGUAAUUAUCUAGGUCUAAAUUAAAAUAUGAUUUUGGUUUAUAUAUUUAUAAUUGAUUUUGUACUUCAGAAGAGGAAAACAAACAUCAUCUGAGAAAUUACAUUAUGAGUUAGUUUUUAGAGGGCUGACUAUAAAUGUUACAGUUGAGAGGCAGCUAAAGAUAUCCAAGAGUUACAAGUGAAUAGUAUUUCACCUAGGCUUCUAAUGUGUAAAUUAUAAAGUCUUUUUACUUGUAAAAUGUGGAUGCUAAUAUAAGGUACCAUAACUUAAGUCAUAAAUUAUGUUUUGGUUGAAUAUACACUUUCAAAUCUCAAUAAGUCAAUAGUUUUAAUCAAUCACAUUAUUCGUGUUUGAACUCAAGAUCAUGUGAAAUUUCAUUAUGAAAUAUAGAGUUACACUGUUCCUGCAGUCGCUUACAUGCUUAUAGUUUUCUUAGUGUUAAUAUUGUCACUGUGGUGUGAAAGUUUUGUCUUUACUGGGACAAGUGACAAUCCCAUGUACUUCCAUAGUGAAAGUUCAGCUCCAAUUCACCUUCCUCUUAGUACAGCGUCUGGAAUCUGACUGACGCUGUCUCAGACUUGACUCCUGGAAUCUCAGUUGCUCAGUUGCCAGGUGAAGUGGCAGUCCCAUUGUUUCAUCAGGUGCACAAUUGAGUGCACUACAAUGUUUUAGACUCUAGGUGUUUAAAGAUUCCAGACGCUUCAUUUAAAGAAAGGUGAACUGGAAUGAAACUCAACAUUCA